AUGUCGCUGUCAGCUGACCUGAGCUGCCUGCAGGGCAGCAGAGGCGCCGAGCGCGAGGUGGCGCUGGCCACGCUGGAGAAACAGCUGAUCUGCCCCAUCUGCCUGGAGAUCUUCAACAAACCCGUCGUCAUCCUGCCGUGCGAGCACAACCUGUGCAGGAAGUGUGCCAACGAGCUCUACCAGCCAUCUCUGUUCCACGCUCGGACCACCAUGUUGGUGAACAGCGGCCGUUUCCGCUGUCCGUCCUGCAGACAAGAAGUGGUGCUGGACCGCCACGGCGUCUACGGCCUUCAGCGAAACCUGCUGGUGGAGAACAUCAUCGACAUCUACAAAGAGGAAAUCAACAGCACCAGGCCCCUCCCUCCGCCUUCAGCUCCACCUCCUGCUCAUUCAACAUGCUCCGACCACGAGGGAGAAAAGGUGAACAUCUACUGCCUCACCUGUCAGGUUCCCACCUGCUCGCUCUGCAAAGUCUUCGGGGCCCAUCAGUCCUGUGAGGUGGCUCCUCUGAGCGCCAUCUACCAGCAGCAGAAGGACCAGCUGAGCGAAGGCGUCGCCUCUCUGAGGGACUUCAGCGACAAAGUCCAGACUCUGAUCAAUGAGCUGGAGGAGACCUGCAGACACAUAGAGGAGAACUGCAGCAUUCAGAAACAGAGCGUGUGCGAGAAGUUCAACCGCAUGUUCUCCAUCCUGGAGGAAAGACAGAAGGCGAUGACGCAGCGAAUCAGCUCUGAGCAGGAGGAGAAGACGGGCCACGCUCGGGCGCUGGUGCAUUGCUAUGAUGACAGCAUGGCAGCCAACAGCAGGUUGGCGGAGAGCGCCGCGAGCAGCAUGGAAGAGCCCAACAUGGCCGCCUUUGUUCAGAGUUCAGUAGAGAUGAUCACAAAGGUGAAGGUGGCAAGCGCCUCGGGUCCGUCCGAGACGCUGACACCAGGUUACGAGCGCUUGAGUCGUUACAGGUUUAACUUCAGCGAGCAGGAGAGGGCGCUGAAGAGCAUCGACUUCAUCAAAGUCGUGAAGGAUGUUCCUGAAGAACCACAGCUGGACCCAGAGCCAAAAGAACCCAAAGAAUCUUUGAUCCAGAACACAGAACCAAACGGCAACCACGAGGCCGCAGAGGAGGUUUCACAGCGGGAGACUCCUGAGCUGGACUCGGGUCACAUCACGGAGGGAGAGGAGGAAGCAGCCGCCGAUCCAGCUAAAGAGGGCGGCGAACGGCAGGAGGGAAUGAGCACACAGCAGUGUGAGGGGAUGGAUGAAGAGGAGGAGGAGGAUGCUGACUUUUACCCCGGCUGGUGCACAGCUGGCUUGAGCCCAUCUGCUCCUGGACAAACCCUGGCGAAGCCUCCACAGAUCCAGGACUCCCUGCUCCUGUCUGGCGGGGAAAGCACGCCUCUCCCCAAAUCUCCUCGCUUCUGUGAGCUUCUCCUUCUCAGCUUCCAGAUCUCCUGCCACAGAGCUGUCUAUCUGUCCUCCAUGAGUCUCCAUCUCCUCUCAUAUCUGCUCAAAAAAUCCAGCGGAAGAGCCUCAGAACGAGGAGGAGGAGGAGGUGCAGGGCUUGCGUACCUGUCCAAGGCCGCUGAGGAGCACCUGAACGAGGGCGAAGGAAAGGGAAGCAAAGGAUGCUCGUCGCUGGUGCCAGCUGACCUGAGUGAGCUCAGGGUGAGGCUGAGGAGGAGCGAGGAGGAUCAGCAUGCUGUCACACUGUUCUUCUACCUGCUCGCCCUCCUGGUCAUCCUGCAGAGGGCGUGGGCUUACGUCGGCUGCUUCAUUUGCACAUAAACGCCACACGGAGCCGCACAGCAUCACUGCCGCACAGCUCAGGAUUCAGGAGACUCGUACUGCUCGCGCUCAUCUCCACCUGCUGUCCCUCCAGGAGGGAGACCCACGGCCCUCGCUUGGCUGCCUCCACCUCCUCCACUUCCUCCUCAUCUGCCCAGUUUUUCUCCUGACUGAGCCUCGCCCACAACAAGAGUUAGCCGGUGGGUGGAUGGGUGGGGGGCAAUUCCUCUGAGAGAUGUUAUCUGGUCAUUAGAGAUACUGUUGGGCUCUUAUUUUGAAAUUGUGCCUGAGAAAUUACAUUUUUGGGCUUUGUAGAAAGUGUGACAGACGAUCGCUGACAUGACAGGAAGUGAAAGCAGAGAAAUAACGAGGUUCACAGGCCGAGGAGGCGUGAUACAUUUAUAUGCGUGUGAGGGUGUGUCGUGAUGAUGAUGAUGAUGAUGCUUCUCAGAUAUUCAUUGUUGAUGUUUAAUUAAUAACUUUUCUGACGCUGAUUUUGUUUCUUGACUCUGACUCAUUCAGUCUUUGGACACUUUGAGUUGCUGCGUGUUUUGUCAGCGUUAAAAUGACAAAUCGGUGAUUCCUGAGAUUAGGGACUCUUCCCCCGCUGUUUUUCUUUAGACAACAAUCCUGAUGGCAAAAGAACCAAACGGGACAGGCAGAAAAAAAAAGAGAUUAGGGACAAAACAGGUUUUAAUUUUCUAAAAUAUAUUUUUUGAUUUUUCAAAGACAUAUUUACAUAUAAUUGUUACACAAAGUUUUGGCUGUCUCACCAUGUUUUGGUACGAUCUCCCAGGUGUAACAUUUUUUAAUAAUUUAUGUUUUUGCUGGAGAAGUGCGAGGUUUUAGUCAACAC